AGCUGCACUAAAGAAAAAGCCCUAACCCCCUCGAAACCUAUUUCCUUAAUCCGCUCCCACCCUCUCCGUCUCUUCCUUGACGAGCUCUCGUCACGGCGAACUCCUCGCCGGUGAGCUCGUCACCGGCGAGCUCCUCACCUAGGGUUAGUGCUUCGCCGCUCCCGAUCCGACCGUCUCGAUCUCCCCCGACGCCUCCCUCUUCUCCCAUGGAUCAAUCUCCCAUGGCGGCGGAUCACUCCCUCGGAAGAUCCGCUGAAAAUUCAGAUUUCACUUCAUUUGAUCAGCUGAAGAUCAAUGAUGAUGCUCUGAAAGAGGAUUUAAAGUGGCACUUAGACACUUUGUCUGAAGAGAUAACUCUAUUUAAAGAGAUGUCUGAAGAAAAUUGUAAAUUUGUGAAGUUAACAUUAGCACGCCUCUUGAUUGCAUAUGAUGCAAUGAAGUCUCCUGAAAAUUCUCUACUACAAAAGAGGAAGCACUGUGAGGAGGCUUUAGAUCUCUUUGAUGUUUUGAUCAAAUUAGAUCCAUCUCAUAAAAGGUAUAAUGAGGACGAACAGAGCUUAGUUCUAUUGGAUCAGGCAACUUCAGACAGAGAGUCUUUGGUGAAAUAUUGUUGGCAAUAUGAUAACCCAUACUUCUCUACUUUUCGUCACCACAAUUGCUUACAGCUUAGCAGACUAUCAUUAACACGUGUUGGGUGUGUUGAACUCAUGUUGUGGGUUCAGAUACUGGAUCUUAGUCAUAACAAGCUUAGAUCUAUUGCAGGAAAUGAAUUGCUGUUGAAAUAGGAGCUGAAGCAUUUUUUUAUCGUUUUUAAGUAUUUUCUAUUUUCAAAGUUGAGAGAGUUAGGAUUGAUGUUGAACUAUAUAUCGAAUAUUAUUACUCUUUGCCUUUAAAUUGAUUUUGCUAUUAUUUUGUUUUUAA